UUUCACCCAGCAGCUUUGUUCAAUAGUAGAGUUACAAAAGCAAUGGUUGACAGCAAAAUCGGACAAAAGCGUAAAAAGCCAGGAAAAUCCUAUGACAAUAAACACAGGUCGGGUCCAGCGUUUGACGCAAAGCGAUCUGUAACCGAGAAGACUGAUUACGUCAAGGAAAUGCAGCAAUCUCAUGUCUCUAGCAAAAAACUUGUUCUUCGUCCAAGAAAGUAUACAGUAAGCAUUGCUAUUCCAUCCGGAAUUUUGGAUACGGCACCCACUCAGGAACUGAAGACAGUUUUGGCUGGACAAAUCGGAAGACUACUGGCUAUCUACAAUGUCGAUGAAAUUAUCAUAUAUGACGAGAAGGCACGCAACGCCUUUGCUGCAUCAGAGGACAAUACGCAUACCGGGAGUGGACCUUCUAACUUGUUCUUGGCCAGAGUACUGCAAUAUUUGGAAACUCCACAGUAUUUGAGGAAGGCACUUGUUCCUAUCAGCAAGGACUUGAGGUUUGCUGCGCUUUUGUCUCCCCUGGAUUCCCCACAUCAUCCUCAACUGGAUGAGAGAACAAAAUACAGAGAAGGUGUCACUGUAGCAAAACCAGUGAAAGAAGGUCGUGGAUCUUGGGUAGACGUUGGCCUUAAAAACCAAAUUCAAAUCGAGCGUGUACUUAAGCCAAAAGUUAGAGUUACAGUGGAGAUGGGCGAUGGUGCUGAAAAAAAGUCAACAACCGUUAGCCCAAAGACUCCCAGAGAAGUUCUUGGUUUGUACUGGGGCUACACUAUAAGACUAGCUGGCUCGUUUUCGCGAGUCUUGACUGAAAGUCCAUACAAGGAUGGAUAUGAUCUGACAGUUGGUGUCAGCGAUCGAAACAGCGAACCCCUCGCUGAACAGACCAACAAGUUAAAACCAUUCAGCCAUAUGUUGAUUGCUUUUGGUGGACCAAAUGGAGGAUUACAGAACGCCAUUGACGCAGACGAAGAUUUACAGUGUGCCGGUGAGGAUGCCAAUGAAUUGUUCGACAUGUUCAUUAUCCCAUCGGCAACUGCCGGUAGUCGUACCAUCCGUACAGAAGAGGGUAUUCAUAUGGUCAUGACAUCGCUACAACCUCACAUUGAAACGCAUGGACAGUUAAACACAGUGUAAUAUAGCAAGUCAUAAUAGAGCUCAACAUGUAUAAUAAAAGCACGUCUACAAUCUGCAAUGAAUCGGUUGUUUGCUUUGUUGAACAGUGUACGAUCAUGUCGCAC